GCCGCCCGAUUGGCACCAAUGCCUUGUAGAAUGACCCGGUAUGCGGAUGGCUAGUCAACAGGCUUGCCAUCCUGUCCUUCCGCGCACGCAUAUUUAAGCUCAAGGCGCAGGCGGGACAGGUAUUUCCUCCUGGGCCGAGGACGGUCUUGCACUGAAAUGAUCUAAAGGACCAAAGACUUAAAGGGUAGCAGACCACCAUGCGAUUCGGGUGAUUGUGAGGCCCCGUCGACAUGUUGAGGAAUCGGGGCACGAUGUCAUCAGGCUGGGGGGCACGUUUUCAGAGCGAAAAGUCUAAAGGGCUGGGCGAACGGAAUUAAGAGUUAGUGCUCAUCUUGCAUGAGUGGUGCCUGGGUGCCUUGAAAGUCGGUGGGUUGCCGCUCCUUCAAUCUCGGCCAUCAAUCAUCAUAGAGCAUGCCCAUGAUGCCGACAUCGACAACCACAGCGGAUGGUCAUGUGAAAAGGGUCAAGGCGACACGGAGGAGGGCGCAAUUGUCGUGCGAUCGAUGUCGGCUCAUCAAGCGCAAAUGCAAUCGCGAAAAGCCGUGCGCACGAUGUGUACGAGAUACCGAGGAGUGCUCUUUUGAACGAGCAGAACGGACGAAAGCGCCUAUGUGGAAGCGGCCUAUUUCGCACAAGGUCCCUAGCGAAGCACUCGCCGACCAAGCACAGUCCAUAAAGGACCAGGAUAGCCCGGCGGGAAGCGCAGCGAGCAGCCAUGCGUCAAGCAGCCGCGUCUCGAGCAACAUCACUUCGAGCAGCCAAACAAGCUACAGCGUCCACGGCCACUCAGAUGACUUCGACGCCGAGUCGCUCCGCCGCCUCGUUUCCCACCCUGUCUUUCUGGAGCGGGUCAUGAACAUCUAUUUUCGUGAAAUAGAAUGGACCUGCGACCUCUUGGAUGGCACCCGCAUCCACCGUCUCACGUCCGAGUACCACGAUCCAGCCAACACUUUUCCUGCCAUGUGGGCCGAGGUCCAGUCCCUUGCCUUUGGUAUCACCUCCCUCGUCGCUCAGCAAUGCCCCACCGACAUUGAGUCGGUGCUAGUUGGUCUCGACAACGAGGCUCGACAAGGAUUCUUCACGGCAGACUCAGUCGCUCAGGCAGCCCAUCAGGCGGCUUCAGCAGCCCUGACUAGCCUUGGAACGACGACGGAACCGCGCUUCUGGUCUGCCGAGGUGCUGGCGACGACGUUUUUCUUGCGCAACUUUGAGAAAAACGAAGGCCGGAUGCAGAGCCUCAUCGACAAUGGCGCGACGGACGUGGCACGCUUCUUGCGCACCGACUACGCUCGCCAGGGCACUUCAGGCGAGAUCAGAACAUGGCAGGAGGAGCAUGACUUGCUUGCCUAUCGUGUCUUUUGGGCCUACUUUCACAACGACAGGUGAGCCGUGAGCCUUGUCUUGGGUACGACUUGAGUCUGACGAAGCGCUCUCCUAUCCCAUCUCGCAUACCAGGGUUGGCUCGAUGUAUGCGGGGUCACCUUACCUGAUCCAGCCUCAGUACCUUGACGUAUGCUUGAGGGACCCGAUGGGUCACAUCUCGGCCCUGGAGCUCUGCAAUCC